CCAUCCUCUAUCCAUUCUGUCCUCAUUCCCUUGCUUCGCCCACCCCUGCUGCUGCUGAGGACUUCAGUUACCAAACUGGACCCCUGGCUCAGCCCUCUGCAGUCACAUGACACGGAUUCAGAGAUCCAGAGUAUAGUGGAGUGCACUCAAUGUGCAUGCAUGCUCUACACACACACAUCAGAGGGCCACUGAGCUGUUACACCUCUGAACAGACUAACCCUCGGUUCACUUUCCACUGCACUUGUCUUCUGUAACCUCUCACCAGAACUGAACAGAACACAGGCAGAUUGCGUACAUCUACAUUUCCUGAUUGACCUCAUUCCCGCCUCCGUCAUGUCGCUGCUGACUCACGUGCUGGCGUGCCUGUUCGGUAUGGGCUCCUGGGUGGCCAUCAACGGGAUGUGGGUGGAGCUGCCCCUGAUCGUACCGAAGAUCCCAGAGGGCUGGUAUCUGCCUUCAUACCUCACUGUCCUCAUCCAGAUGGCCAACAUAGGUCCUCUCUUCAUCACCUUGAUGCACCGCUUCCGCCCGGGGGUGCUAGAUGAGCGGCCGGUCAUCUACUGCAUCGUGGGGUUGGGCAUCAUUGCUACAUUCCUGCUGGCUUUCUUCUGGAAGCACACGGUGGCUAUAAGGGACUCGUUGCACAGCGUGCCCCUGUUGGUGUUGAGCUUCCUGCUCUCCGUGGUGGACUGCACCUCCUCUGUUACCUUUCUGCCUUUCAUGAUGCGGCUGCGUCCACAGUACCUCACCACGUACUUCGCAGGCGAAGGCCUCAGCGGUCUGGUGCCGGCACUGAUGGCUCUGAUUCAAGGUGUCGGUGUAGUCCACUGUCAGAAUGCAACUUUGGCUGGUGCAGCCAACAAUACAGCUGAGAACGCCACUACGGUUGUCAGUGGAGAGCUAGAAGCCAUCUACCAGCCGGCUAAAUUCUCUGCCCAGGUCUUCUUCGUGUUCCUCAGUGCCAUGAUGGUGGUGUGCCUGGUAGCCUUCAUCCUACUCAACCAUCACCCAGCAGUGGCUCGAGAGAGAAAGAACGACCUGUACUUCAGCGGUGAUCUGGCCCCCGGGAAGAGAGAGCAAGGUCUGUCUCUGCACGUCCAGACACCAGAGCAGAAGCCUAUGAUCAGCCCCCUGGAGGCCGUCAGGGAACCCAGGAGCUCUUUUGGGACGGGGUCGUAUAGCAAUCUGGAAGUGGUGUUUAUCUUUCUUGUUCUGGCUUGGGUCAACGCUCUGACCAACGCAGUGUUGCCCUCCGUCCAGUCCUACUCCUGUCUGCCCUACGGGAACAAGGCCUACCAUCUAGCUGCCACCAUGGCAGCUGUUGCUAACCCAGUGGCCUGCUUCAUCGCCAUGUUUGUGCCGAUUAGGUCUCUCAUCCUCAUGGGUUUCCUGGUCAUGACUGGGACUGGAUUUGGAGCCUACAUCAUGGCCAUGGCUGCUCUCAGUCCCUGCCCUCUGCUGGUCCACAGUGCCUAUGGAACUGCUGUUAUAGUGCUGGCCUGGGUCCUGUUUGUCCUGACCCUGUCCUACGUGAAGGUCAUCAUCGGGGUGAUCCUGAGGGAUGAGGGCCACAGUGCUCUCGUGUGGUGCGGAGCAGUAGUGCAGUUGGGCUCCAUGGUUGGUGCUGUCUCCAUGUUCCCGUUGGUCAGUGUGUAUGGAUUUUUCAGGUCAGGUGAUGCUUGCAACACCAAGUGUCCGAUGUGGUGAAUAAAUAUGUUUAAGUUAAACACUGUUGUACAAAACUGAAAAAAUGAUUAACGCUUAUUUUAGAUGCACUGAACUCAAUGCAGUCGUGAGCUUUACAUAUUUGUUUCAACAGAUCUCAGAGCUGUUUACCUAAGACAGUAUCACUCCCUGUGUUGUUUAACAGAUUUGCUCUUAUCAGAGACAGGAGGUAGAUUUAUGUUUUAUACAGAUAUCGGUAUUUAUUGACUUAUGGAGUGAUCGCAGCAUAGAGGCUGAAUUUGUCAGAUCACUUAAGACCAUUUUGUUGCUGAGCAUAUUACAAUUCCUUCUCAAUUCAGAGGUCAGAGCCAGUUUACUUGAACUGUUAAUAUAAUGUGAAAGUCUACUUGAUUUAUGUUGCAUUUAUAUGAACUUAUGGUACUGUUGGCUUUAAAAUGUGCCUUAAUUUGAGACUCUGAGAGAUGCGUGCUUGUCUUUGUUGGUUGUACAUUCUAACUCGCUUUGUAUAUGUUACUUGUGUGGAGAAACUGUUUAACACUACUGAAUAAAACACACGUUUUAUUGUU